AUGAAGCACCUCGCCGCUUACCUCCUCCUCGGCCUCGGUGGCAACAACUCUCCUUCGGCCAAGGACAUCAAGAACGUCCUCUCUGCCGUCGGUAUUGAGGCUGACGAUGACCGCCUGAAGACUCUCCUCUCCGAGCUUGAGGGCAAGGACGUCUCCGAGCUCAUUGCUGCCGGUUCCGAGAAGCUUGCUUCCGUUCCCUCUGGCGGUGCUGGCGGUGCCCCCGCUGCUGGUGGCGCUGCCGCCGGUGGUGCUGCUGCCGAGGAGAAGGCCGAGGAGAAGGAGGAGGAGAAGGAAGAGUCCGAUGAGGACAUGGGCUUCGGUCUCUUCGACUAA